AUGAAUGCCACAGAAAGGAAAUUCAAGCAGACUCGGAUUGAAAAGGAAGGAGCAUCAAAAGAAAGAGAUAGCAAGGUCUCAGGUAGCAGCGAGAUGCAAAAGCAAAUCAAAACUGGCCAGACAAAAAAUAACGACACCGGGGAUAACGAGCUAAGUAAGCAAACCGCUCCUGGGAACAGUGGGCCAGAUAAUCAAGCGAGUCGCCAAAAUCAGAUGCAGAAUACCACGAACACCGGGCCAAAUAACCAGAUGUGUGUGUGUGCCUCUCUCAGAAAUCUGAUGCCUAAUAUGUGGAACAUUUUUGGACCAAAUAACCAAAUGUUUUUCAACAAUCUGAUGCAGAAUAUGUUGAACAUUGGGCCAAAUAAUCAAAUGUUUCCAAGAAAUCCAAUACAGAAUGUCAGGAACAUUGGGCCAAAUAACCAAAUGGUUUUCAACAAUCUGAUGCAGAAUAUGUUGAACAUUGGGCCAAAUAAUAACAUGUUUCCCAGAAAUCCAACGCAGAAUAUCAGGAAUACUGUUCCAAAUAAUCAGACGUUUCCCAGAAAUCCAAUACGGAAACCCUUCAACAAUAGACCAGAUAGUUGGAACGAUGAAGAGAAAAGGAAACCAAGAGAAAAAAAGGUUAUCCUUUCAGAAGAUGUUAAAGAAGGUUUCAAAGGAUUCAAAGGUUCAAAUCUGUUGAAGCAUAAAGGUGUUGCAUGA